UCGUUGGUCCCAGCAGAGCAAACCCCAUCCCGCUGUUAGCGCAUGUACAUGUGUAUGAAUUUCUCUCUUCACAUAGGCCUUAAAAAUUCAAAAAGAGAAAAAUGAAAAAUGAAAAAAAUAGAAACAAAGCUCUGCUGCAGAAGUUUCAUGGAGAUUUCUGAAAUUUAAUGCAGGUCUUGGUCAAGAUAUUGGUGGGUCCUCCCUUUUCUCUGUAUAUGACAGCCUAAUCAACAGCCUGGAAAGAGUGGGUGCAGCUGAGCUAAAAGGGCGUGGUUGAUGGGUUUUCAUGGCGCCAUUCAUGUAAUCUCAACUGGGUUUCCUCCCUCAGCCAGACCCAGUUCAGUGGAUUUGCUGACUGCAGGCAUUUGGGUGUCUAGAUGAGGUAAGGGCACUGUUCUAAAAAAGCUUUGAUCUUUCUCUGUUUUGUGUCACAACAUUUCAUCUGCACCUGAGUUUUUGGUCCUUAUAUUAGGCAAAGCUGUUGAUUUCGCCGUGUUGGUCUGUAAUUUUUAAGAGAUUUUAGUGCUUUAGUUGCUGCCUGAGGUAGAGGGUGUCAUUGGUUUUGUUAGAUCUGGGGUGUUUGAAGAAAAAGGGUUCUUUAGGUGGGAGCUAUUAGGGCAUUGAGGGCUUAUUUGUAGGACCUUUUGGGUCUUGUUGAGUUGAGUUUUUCAGAUCUUUGGUGGAUUGGAGGCUUGGGAAUUUGAAUUGGUGAGGUGUUGGGGUAGUUUCUGUUCUUCAAGGACUUAAGGGUUUGGGGUACCAGUACCACAAAAAUGGAGAAAGUGAAAUGGGGGCCUUUGAUUCUAGCCGUUAUUCUUUUGGGGUUCAUUGGCCAUGGAUCAUAUGCCUCAUUCACCCCCGUUGAUAACUACUUAAUUGCCUGUGGAUCUUCAAAGAACCUCACAUUCCAAGGUCGUACUUUUGUUCCUGAAGUGCAAUCUUCAAUUGUAUUGAAAAGUCAAGGAAAUUCUGUCACUGCUGUCUCCAGUUCCACUGCCUUGCCUCCCAUUUAUCAAUCUGCUCGUAUUUUCUCCGGGAUAGCUUCUUACAAAUUUGAAAUUGAGCAGGAAGGGCGGCACUGGGUUCGUCUCUAUUUUUACCCUAUUUCCAACUCCAGCCAUGACUUGACGUCAGCCUCAAUAACUGUAGUCACUGAUAGUUUUGUGCUCUUGAACAAUUUCACUUUCAAGAACUAUAAUCGUUCCUACUUGUUCAAGGAGUAUGCAAUCAAUGUGACUUCGGAUACCUUGACCCUCACCUUCAUCCCUUCAAACAAUUCGGUUGCUUUUGUCAAUGCGAUCGAAGUUGUCUCUGUUCCAAACGAGAUUUUUCCUGACCAGGCUCUGGCUCUGUCCCCGUCUGCUCCUUUUAGUGGCCUUUCUGAACUUGCCCUUGAAACUGUCUACCGGUUGAAUAUGGGGGGUCCUUUGCUCACUGCUCAAAAUGAUACACUUGGAAGAACUUGGGAGAAUGAUGAGAAAUACCUCCAUGUGAACAGCUCUGCCAAGAAUCUUUCGGUGAACCCUGGAAACAUAAAAUAUACUACUGCUGUCACAACAGAAACAGCGCCGAAUUUGGUUUAUUCCACUGCCGAAUCCAUGGGUAAUGCAAAUGUAAGCAAUGGGAACUUCAAUAUAACUUGGGUUUUCUCUGUCGAUCCAGACUUCAUGUAUUUUGUUCGGGUGCAUUUCUGUGACAUUUUGAGCACGUCUCUGAACAAUCUUGUCUUCAACUUGUUCAUAAAUUCUGAUAUUGCUCUGGAGAGUCUUGAUCUCUCAUCCUUAACUGGUGAUUUGAGUGUACCGUAUUACAAAGACUUCAUCUCCAACUCUUCAGCAGAUUCAGAUGUUUUGACUGUUAGUGUGGGUCCAGAUACAAUGGCUGAUGUUACUAAUGCAAUUAUGAAUGGCUUGGAGAUCAUGAGGAUCAGCAAUGGAGCUAAAAGCUUGGAUGGGCUUUCUUCAGUUGAGAGUCUCCUUCCCCAACCACCCACAAAAAGGAACAUGAUAGGAAUCAUUAUUGGUUGUGUUGUGGGAGCUUCUGUUGCUGUGGUGUUCAUAAUUCUCUGUAUUUGCUGCUUUGUUGCCUGUAGGUCGAAGACCCCCACCCAGGGGCAUCCAUGGCUUCCCUUGCCCUUAUAUGGAAACUCCCAGACCAUGACGAAGAUGUCCACGACUUCUCAAAAGAGUGGAACAGCGAGCUGCAUCUCAUUAGCUUCCACCAAUCUUGGCCGGCUCUUCAUGUUCCAAGAAAUCAUGGAUGCAACAAACAAAUUCGAUGAGAGCCUGCUUCUUGGAGUUGGUGGUUUUGGUAGGGUCUACAAAGGAACACUUGAAGAUGGGACUAAAGUAGCUGUCAAAAGAGGAAACCCCAGAUCUGAACAAGGUCUUGCUGAAUUCCGAACUGAAAUUGAAAUGCUAUCCAAGCUCCGUCACCGCCACCUUGUCUCUCUUAUAGGCUAUUGUGAUGAACGAUCAGAGAUGAUUCUGGUUUAUGAGUACAUGGCUAAUGGUCCCCUAAGGAGCCAUCUUUAUGGAACAGAUCUACCGUCUCUCUCCUGGAAGCAACGACUUGAAAUUUGCAUUGGAGCUGCAAGGGGGCUUCAUUAUCUUCACACAGGUGCAGCUCAGAGCAUAAUUCACCGUGAUGUGAAGACAACAAACAUUCUCUUGGAUGAGAAUUUUGUAGCAAAAGUUGCUGAUUUUGGCCUCUCAAAGACUGGUCCUGCCCUGGAUCAGACCCAUGUAAGCACUGCUGUUAAGGGUAGUUUUGGGUACCUUGAUCCUGAAUACUUUAGAAGGCAGCAGCUCACAGAAAAAUCUGAUGUGUAUUCAUUUGGUGUGGUCCUAAUGGAAGUCCUCUGCACCAGACCAGCUUUAAACCCUGUUCUACCAAGGGAGCAGGUUAAUAUAGCAGAAUGGGCAAUGAGCUGGCAAAAGAAGGGUAUGCUGGAUCAAAUCAUGGAUCCAAAUCUGGUUGGGAAGGUGAAUCCAGCUUCUCUUAAGAAGUUCGGAGAGACAGCUGAGAAGUGCUUGGCUGAGCAUGGGGUUGACAGGCCGUCAAUGGGGGAUGUCUUGUGGAAUCUAGAAUAUGCUCUCCAGCUUGAGGAGACGUCAUUGGCUCUUACAGAACCUGAAGAUAACAGCACAAAUCAUAUUGCAGGUAUUCAGUUGACACCAAUCGAGCAAUUUGAGAACAGCGUUAGUAUGAUUGAUGGGGUGCACUCUGGCACAGACGAUGAUGCAGAAGAUGCAGCUACAAGUGCUGUAUUCUCUCAGCUAGUAAACCCUCGUGGAAGAUGAGAAGAAACAAUUUCCACGAUAUUGUGAUCUCAGCUGCUGGAUGCCCCACUAAAGAUUUGGCUGACCUGGCCUCGAGAGUACAAUCUCCAAGUAAAUGCAUGAAGGUUAUUUCUAAGUUCAUUGUUCUGGGCUUUUACCUCAUUUUUUCAUCCAUAAUAUGUUUUCGGUUGUAAUAUAGUUGAUUGAUGGGUGCCAAUUAAUCCAUCAGAAAUGGUGCCUAGACCACAAGGAUUCUAUUAGUGUCUUGAUUGAAUUCAUUCUGAGUAUAUGGAUUGUAUUGGCAUUAUAAGUUUAUGUUCACAAAAUGAGUACAGAAAAUAAGGCAGAGUAUGUUAUCUCUGUAGCAAAAAAUUUCUUGUGAUUUUAUAUCAUCUUUGUGUAAAAUUUCUUAUUGGCUGCACUAGUAUUUUUCAGAAUUAUGAGAAAUCCAUUCUAGGUUAGAAAGAUGAUCUUCUCUACCUGACUCUGGAGAAAAUGCAGGGAUGAAGUGAGAUCAAAGUGUUGAACCUUAAAUUUUUCUUUAUUGGGAACCAAGAAUACCCAGAAGUCUAGUCAGUGAGCCUAAUGUAAUGCUUUAGCCUUUAGCUAGCCUGGAGUUUCAUUGUUUUGGAGAUGGAAAAACAAUAAUGAGUAACUCAAAAUCUUGAAAAUGAUUUUCCUUGCCGUUUCUGUGUUAACCAAAUGAUGGUUAUGAGAAACCUUUUAUGAAUGGGGCUGCCAAUGUUUAUGAAUAUUUAGGUUGUCUCUUAACUUCCUUAGGUUUAGUGCCUUCCCAAAUCCUCGAAAUUGCUUAGAUCGAAUACAUACAUUUAUUUUGCCAAGCAAAGGUAGAAAACACUGCAUUGAUUUUGCAUGUUUUGAUUGAACAAUGAGAAGGAAGAAAACUCCAUACUGAAUGAACUGGAAUUCAUUACUUAGGGCAGGACAGGGGGCUCCUUGCUCUCUGCCAGCCAACCCCAAUUAUUCUCAAGAGGCAUAAACUUCAAUUAUUCUGUCACUGUAUGAUUCAUUUUCUACAGACUAUUCCCAUCCCACUGGUGGCUCCACCAGUGCAGUCUAGUGUACCAUAGUCCAUAAUCAAUGUGUCCUUUUGGUCGAAAACUCCUGCUGGUGAGAACAAACAAGAACGGCAAUCUGCAGAGAGAAGUGAUGUGGUUCGGUACUUGUCUUCACCUCCUACUACUGGCAUUGCUACGCCGGGCUUUACUGGAUUCUCAAAAUCUGGCUGGUAAGUCUGGCCAAGGACUCCCUCAACCUUGGACGAGAGGCCAAAGAAUCUGAACUGUACUUCCAAGUGGGCAAAACAGUCAUCAGAAGGUAUCUGGUAGUUAUGGAUUCUAUCAUCCUCCUUUGUAAUGGGCACAACAUUGACUAAAAUCUCUGCAAUUUCUGGUAGAGUGACAACAACACUGUUUCUGUUUGAUGUUCUUUCCACUUUCAGGUCAUUUUCUGAGAAGUUCCAUGCAGAAAGAUGGCCUUCUGGUAUAUCUAGUUCCUUCCCAUCAUAAGAGAAUUUCAGAUGGUCAAUCUCAUCAUCCCAGGCCACUGCUCGGGUAGCCUCCAGAGAGAAGCUGUGGGAGUCAACAAGGAUUCCCAGAGCUUGAAUCCAAGUAUAGUCCCGGGUUCUCCCAGCUGGACGGAGGCCAAUGAAGUGGGCAUUGAUCUGGAGGUUGAGGUCAGAGACCAAGCUGAAAUGCUCAUUUCUCUUCCCAUGGAAGUAGAAGACAAUGCCAUCUCCACCAAUGAACCGUGGAUCCAAGCACGCAGCUCCAGGACUGUUACAAUUUGCUUUACGAUCUAUGAUCAUCAAACCAAAACAUAAGGUCAGUAACAGACGUUUGAACACAGCCAAAGAAGUUUAAAUGAUGAAAGUGAAAUAGCUGAAGAGAAGACAUCUCACUCUUGCACUCAGCCUGGCAUAAGGGUGAGUUACAGUUGAUAUAGCAAACUUUAGCUUUCGAGUUUGUUGAUGAUGAUGUUGGGCAUUCACUUGGGCAAGUUAUCCGCUUAAGAAAGCAUGGACUGUUGCGAUUUGUGCAGGUUCGGCUUUCUGCAUCGAUUUGUGUUACACCAGCUACAAAGCAUAGCAGAAUGAUCAACAAACAAUUGCUGCUCAAGAUCUCCAUAGCUCGUCUUCAAUGGCAGAUUGAUCAAAACCCAUCUCUUUCAUGCUGUUUUGUAGAACCAGACAAGUGGGGUUUGCUUAUAGUGCUACUCUAUCCAUCAAGUGUUCUUUAAGCUUUCUUUUACAUAGUCUUUGACUGAAAUUUGAAGCAGGAACAUGGGCAUGGUUGGAUUUCUUAAAUGCUUUGCUUGAUUAA